AUGCGACGACAUGGGGCUGCUGGGGUGACUCGCCAUUUCAGUACUCGAUCCUCCCAACCUGCCUUUUAUUGGCCCAGCAUCACGAACAACAACAACAAUGCCAACAAUAAUGACAAUAGUAUUAGGUCUAUUUCCACUGGGCCAGUCGAAGCAACCUUUUCCAACGAGUUGUUCUACUCUCAUGUGCUAAUCAAAGAAGAUGGUUUGAGUAUGCUCGAGGCAAUUGAUGCCUCGGUCGGCCAUGUUCUGGACGACCACCAAACAACAAAUGGUGAUGAUAUUGACGCAAGCCUCCCAACAAAGGUUCAAAAGUUGACGCCGUUUCAGCUAUUGCAACUAGGCUCUGUUUGGUACAUGCCCAGAGAGGAAGUGGAUCACAACAACAACCGAAAACCUGAAGAACCUCAUUCUCUCAUUUACAAGCCACAACGACUGUCGUUUGCGAAUCAUACCAUGAGUUUGCAGGCUGGUGACUACCUUCGGAUACACCAUACUCCAAGACGUUUUAUAAGAGUCUAUGACCAAGAUUGGAGGGAGUUUCGAGACGACGAGAAUAAGGGCAAUCCAAGGAUCGUCCGUACCGGAAAUGGCUUUUACAUCAUUGACAAGCCACCUUUGGUUCCCGUUCAUGCGACAGUGGACAAUGACGUGGAGAAUGUGGCCCAUCAGCUCGAAUUUCACAAUCCCCACCAAGAUUAUGUAGCCACCACUCAACGAAUUGAUAUCAAUACGUCUGGCCUAUUGGCAGUGGCCACCAAACCAGAGUUUGCGGCCUACUUUUCCUCGCUCCUAAGGCGCAAGACCAAGAAUACACUGAAACAAGAACAACUGCAAGACAAACUAGCAAACAGUACCGAGGACAGUGUUACAAACUCUGCCUCGCCAAGCAGAGCUGCUGUCAAAAAGAAUAGUAAUAUUGAAAAGGAAUAUAAAUGCCUGGUGUGCAUUCAGGAAACGGACUCGUCGUCGGCAGUCGAUUCUUGGCAGACGCUCAAGAAUCUUGAAGAAUCAAACUCUGUUGUGAGACAUUUUUUGGAGGGAUCCGACCGUGCUCCCAAACGCUUUGAAGACGAAAUACCACCGCAAGAAGAAGACGAUGACGACCAAAGUAGGAAUCCCAGCAAAUGGUACGAGUGUCUGCUCCAAGUGAAACGAGUGUCUCCCUUGAUUCCCAUGGAAACUGCCGACUGUCCGUUGGCACAAUCCUUGUGGUCCCAACAGGUCACGACCAGUGUACCCGAACGGACACGAGGAGUGUGUGAAGUAAGCAUUCAAUUGCUGACGGGUCGGACGCAUCAGAUUCGGGGUCAAUUGGCCAAAUUGGGCUAUCCCAUUGUGGGCGAUGAACAGUAUGGUGGUGCCAUUCCCAAACAACAAGAACAACAGCAACAAGAGGAAGAUAGUAGUGAACAUGCAGCUGCGGGGACCAUAUUGCGUGACGAGUUUGCCCAACUGCUGGCGCUACAGUGCUGUCACCUGGGAUUCUGGGAUGCCGACUAUAAACCAGUAUGGCAUAAAAAGAAAAGGCGAGAGAUUCUGGAAGGACGUCUUUCGGAUCGAUGGAUUUCGGUCACUCUGGACUCGGCAUGGUGGACCGAAUACAUUGCAGCAGCAGCAGGAAAAUCAUUAUCAUCCACUGAUACUAGUAGUACUACUACUGCUACUACAUCGGCUGCAGAUGUAGAGCUGGUACAACAGCAAAAGGACAAGCAACGACGUUUGGGUCUGUCGUUGGUAGGUGACGACGAAGAGUUUGCCAAUGCCCGAGUGGACUUGCUGCCUCCUACUGUGCAACUUUCACAAGGUGCCAACAAGUAUGUUUUGAUCAAGGUGGACGGAAAGGACGACAAAAUUCAUUGGUUUGUCGUAUCCGCAUCGCCUAGCGAAUGUGGAGGACCCUACCAUGUCAAUGUGGCAGAGGAUACCAUGGAAUGGAUACGAGCGGCAGGAUUCCAGCGCAUCACAGUGACUGGAGGUGGUCGUAUUGAUUUCAAUCCGGACUCGGGAAGGGCCCAUGUAUACGGAUUCUCCUACGGGUUUGGAAAGGGUGACCAUGCCAAGGCGGCGGAACUCAUUGAUGCUUACUACAAAGAAAACGAAACUGACGUAAAUGUGAAGGCCUCGUUUGACGACUCGGACAGAUUGUAUUAG